GCAAUCUUCGUUGUGUCCGCGAAUGGCAGCUUUUGCUGAUAUCCAUGAAAAUCAAAAUCAUCUCCGAAUGAAAUCUUUCUUUUGCACCCAAAAGUCUCAGUCUGAAUGAAAUCUUUCUUUUCCACUUCACUAUCGCACGCUGCUCGAUUGAACAGUUUCAUCUUUUUCCACUUCCCUAUCGUUUGAAUAAAUAUGGUGUAUGAGAAAGCACAGACCCAGUAAGUAUGAUUUCAUUAUCGUUGCUGUUCUUCCUUCUAUUGAUACCUUCAAAUGCUGCCUUUGCGGCUCAUAGACUCCAUAACACAGACCCAAAUUUCAAUUUCUCCACCCAAGAUGACCAACUAUUGUACUCUCUCCCAAACAAUCGGUUUGUUCAGUUCAGAAUCAAUAAUUCCCAAUCCGACAAUGUUGUAAUUAGAGGAAAUUCGACAAUUCUGAGCGAGAAUCGGACUUUUGAACUUGGGUUCUUUAGCACUAAUGGCGGUUCCAGCGGCUAUCUUGGAAUUUGGUUCGCUUCAAUCCCGACGCCUACACGAGUCUGGGUGGCGAAUCGAGAGAAACCCAUCAAGGAUAUUGCGUCGGCGACAUUAGAACUCACAGAAACAGGGCGAUUAGCGAUCGGAGAUUCCAAUGGUUCUCUCACAUGGCAGACAACGAAUACAGAGAGAGCUAUUGAUAUUUAUCUUUACGAUAAUGGGAAUCUGGUGUUACUGUCAUCGGAUGGGUCACCGGUUUGGCAAAGCUUCGAUUACCCGACGGACACGUGGCUUCCGGGCAUGAACAUCACCACCGAGCGUUCAGUGACCUCAUGGCGGAGCUUAUCGGAUCCCUCUCCGGGUCUCUACUCUCUGAGGCUAAAACCUCUCGGAUACAAUGAGUUUGAGCUUGUUUAUAACGACACUUUCGUUUAUUGGUCCACUGGGAAUUGGACCGGUAAUGCUUUUGUUAACGUUCCACAAAUGACUAUCCCAUACAUCUACAGAUUCCAUUUCGUGGAUCCUUACAGGUCCACGGCGUCGUUUUGGUUUACGGAGACGCCGCUUGAAGGUGCGUUGAGGCCACCAUUAACACGGUUCUAUGUGGACCACAAUGGGCAACUGAAGCAGUUCACGUGGACCUCACAGACCGAGAACUGGAACAUGUUCUGGUCGCAGCCGGAGAAUCACUGCAGAGUCCAUUCCCUCUGCGGCGAUAUGGGUUUUUGUAAGGGCACACUGUUGAAGCCUUGUGUUUGCUUCCCGGGGUUCAGGCCUGCAAACGAAGGUAAUUGGGAGAAUGAGGAUUAUUCUGGUGGUUGUAUGAGAGACGAUGAUGAUUCUUGCAAGGAGAGCGAUGGCUUUGAGGCGGUUGGCGUUGUGGCUUUCGACAGGGAAAAUAGUGAGUCCUUUGAAGGGAGUAGGAGUAUCUGUGAGAGGUCUUGUUUGAUGAAUUGUUCUUGUAUUGGGCUAUACCAUAAUGGGAGGACGAAUUUGUGCAAGAAUUUAUAUGGGUCUAUGUUAAACUUGAGGAAUUUGAGCUCUGAUGGCAUUAGUGAGGAUGUGUUGUAUGUUAGGGUGCCAGGAGGAAGAACUGAAAAGAAGAGUGUUUCCAAAAGUGUGGUCUUGGUUGUUAGCAUUGUUGGUUCAUUUGCUCUUGUUGCUGUUGCAGUUGCUUUGCUGGUGUUGUUGAUUAUAUAUCAGAGAAGGAAGAAGAGAGAAGGCAUGGAAGAUGGUGGUGCAUUUCCAAUGUUAAAUUUGAAAGUGUUUUCUUACAAAGAGCUUCAAGCAGCAACAAGGGUUUUCUCUGAAAAGCUUGGCCACGGUGGGUUUGGGACGGUGUUCCAAGGUCAGUUAUCAGAUUCUAGCAUUGUUGCUGUGAAACGCCUUGAAAGGCAAGGCAGUGGAGAGAAAGAGUUCAGGGCAGAGGUGUGCACAAUUGGGAAUAUUCAGCAUGUAAAUCUUGUGAGACUUAGAGGCUUCUGCUCAGAGAAUUCUCAUAGACUUUUGGUUUAUGAUUACAUGCCAAAUGGUCCAUUAAGUGUUUAUUUGCGUCGAGAUGGACCUAAUUUAAGCUGGGAUGUUAGAUUCCGGAUAGCUGUUGGAACAGCAAGAGGCAUUGCAUAUUUACAUGAAGAAUGUAGAGAUUGCAUUAUCCAUUGUGAUAUAAAACCAGAAAACAUUCUUCUAGACAGUGAUUACACAGCAAAGGUGUCGGAUUUUGGUCUAGCAAAGCUAAUCGGAAGGGACUUCAGCCGAGUUUUAGCAACAAUGAGAGGUACUUUGGGGUAUGUUGCUCCAGAAUGGAUUUCUGGCUUGGCUAUUACAGCCAAAGCUGAUGUCUACAGCUAUGGAAUGACAUUGUUGGAGUUACUUGGUGGCCGCAGAAACGUGGAGGCACCACCAUCUGCAGGCACUGCCAAUUGUGAUGGGGAGGGCGGAAACAAAGAGAAAUGGUUUUUCCCUCCAUAUGCAGCACGCCAAGUAAUCGAGGGCAACGUGGAUACACUGGUAGAUCCUAGAUUAGGUGAUGCAUAUAACCAUAACGAGGCAGAGCGGGUUGCAUUUGUGGCAAUUUGGUGCAUACAGGACAAUGAGGAAAUGAGGCCAACGAUGGGGAUGGUAGUGAAAAUGCUGGAGGGUGUGGUGGAAGUGACUGUACCACCACCACCAAAAUUACUACAAGCAUUUGUUUCCGGGGAGUCUUAUCGUGGCAUUCAGGUGGAUUCAGGCAACGGAGAAUCCAUCAACAUUGGCUCUUCACCUGCUGAUAACACGAGAAUAUCUAAUGAACAUUCACAGUCUUCGCUUGGCAACGGAGAAUCCAUCGACGUUGGCUCUUCUCCUGCUGAUAACAUAAGAGUGUCUAAUGAACAUUCACAGUCAUCGGUUGGCAAUGUCUCCUCCCCAGUUUACGAUAAUGUGAAGUUUGACUAACAAGUUUGUUGAUUGUUAGUUGUAACUGACCAUGACUAAUUUCACUCCUACUAUUUAGUCAGUUCAGUAGUGUUUGUAGACCUUAGAAGUUUAUGAAAAAGGGUUCUUUUCUAGAAGCAGAACAGUUUCCAUAUGUGGAGAGAAUUACUGUAAAAGUUUUGCCUUCCAUGAAUCUCAGAAAUCUUAUAUGCUGAAGGCCAAGUAUGUGUGUAUAGAUUUCCUUUCUGAAAUGAAGAAUCAGAGCAGACACUACCGACUACA